GCGGUUGAUCGUGCCUCUCUCGGCGCUGCCUCAUGGCUUUCAACUUCGGGGCGGCUGCUGGCGCCGCGGCCGCCCCAAACCCCGCGGGAUUUGGUGGGCUUGAAGCAGCAAAUUCCUCUGCCACUGGGUUUAAUUUUGGGGGUUUUGGAUUAACUGCUAAUCCUGCCGUGAAUUUUAAUAUUGGGAAUUUUGGUGUCUCUACUACUUCGGCGCCACCGUUUAAUUUUGGUAACAGUCUGGCCAGCGCAGGAGCCUUUGGGGGCUUUGGAACCACCACCACCACCGCACCGGGGUCUACCUUUAGUUUCUCAACGCCGGUCAACACAGGGCUGUUUGGAGCUACCCAGAACAAAACUUUUGGUUUUGGUACCAGCUUUGGAACAGCGGCAAGUACAGGAACUGGGCUUGGCACCGGCUUGGGAUUUGGUGGCUUCAACCCUCAGCAGCAGCAACCAACACUCGGAGGUCUCUUCAGCCAACCGGCUCAAGCCCCCGCACAGUCCAAUCACCUGAUCCACACAGCUAGCGCGCUUUCCGCCCCCACCCUCUUGGGAGAUGAGCGAGAUGCCAUUUUGGCCAAGUGGAAUCAGCUGCAGGCAUUUUGGGGCACAGGCAAAGGGUAUUUCAACAACAACAUUGCCCCGGUGGAAUUUACGCAGGAGAAUCCAUUCUGCAGAUUUAAGGCUGUGGGCUACAGCUGCAUGCCCAACUACAAGGACGAAGAUGGCUUGGUGGCGCUAGUCUUCAAUAAAAAAGAAACCGAGAUCCGUGGUCAGCAGCAGCAACUUGUGGAGUCGCUGCACAAAAUCUUGGGUUCAAAUCAGACGCUGACGGUCAACGUAGAAGGAUUAAAGACCAUGCCCGAUGAACAAACAGAAAUCGUGAUCUAUGUGGUUGAGCGGUCGCCCAACGGCACUUCCAGGCGCGUUCCAGCCACCACCCUCUAUGCGCACUUUGAACAAAUCAACAUCAAAGCCCAGCUGCAGCAGCUUGGCGUGACCCUCACCAUGGCCAGGACGGAGCUCUCCCCAGCACAGGUGAAGCAGUUGCUGCAGCAUCCUCCUGCAGGUGUUGAUCCGAUCAUUUGGGAACAGGCCAAAGUGGACAAUCCGGAUCCUGAAAAGCUGAUUCCAGUCCCAAUGGUCGGCUUCAAGGAACUCUUGCGGAGAUUGAAAGUUCAAGACCAAAUGACAAAGCAACAUCAAAGCCGAUUGGACAUCAUAUCAGAAGAUAUAAGCGAGCUUCAAAAAAACCAAACUACCACCAUGGCCAAAAUUGCUCAGUACAAAAGGAAGCUAAUGGAUCUUUCCCAUCGAACUUUGCAGGUGCUCAUCAAGCAGGAGAUCCAGAGGAAAAGCGGGUAUGCCAUCCAGGCGGAUGAAGAGCAGCUCCGGGUGCAGCUGGAUACGAUUCAGUGCGAACUCAACGCCCCUACCCAGUUCAAGGGCCGUUUGAACGAGCUGAUGUCACAGAUCAGAAUGCAGAAUCACUUUGGAGCGGUCAGAUCUGAGGAGAGAUACUAUAUUGAUGCCGAUCUCUUGCGGGAAAUCAAACAGCAUUUGAAGCAGCAGCAAGAAGGACUAAGUCACCUGAUCAGUAUUGUAAAAGAUGACCUGGAAGACAUAAAGCUGAUAGAACAUGGCUUAAAUGACAGCAUUCCGGUUAGAGGGGGCGUCUUCAGUUGAUCUCCUGGCCCUUUCCAUUGACUGUACGAGCAUAGAAAACACAUUGUUUUCCUUGGCUGAAAUUCACUGGUUGGUUUGUUUGGUUUUUUUUUGGACCUUAAAUCUUAGUGAAGGUUCUGAGCCGAGUGCCAGACACUUGGCAUUCAACCAUGAAGAUCAAAGGGUAAAGGUUAAAAAAAAGCUGCACUUGAUUUUUAAGAUGGAAAGAUACUUUACAUACUGCUCUGUGAGCUAAGCCUGCAUUUCUAUUUUAUCAACUUAUAUCUCGUUUUGUUGGGGUUUUUUUGAUUUUCCGAACAACACUUCCAGUGUUAAAUGAUCAGCAAGGGAAAUAACACACCUUCUCUAUAUGAGAAACAACAUAAAACAACUGGUUUAAAGGAGAAACACACCUGCAGUGUUUGGGAAAGAAAUGCACAGGUCAAAAGUGUUGUUUUUUUCCCCCUUGUGCUUAACAAUCGCGAAGAAAGCUAUAAUUUUACAUCCAUUCAUCAGAAUUUACAAUAUUACUGAAAAGUAAUAAAAUCUGCUUUCUGUUAUUCAGCCAUAGGCUCUCUGUAUAGCGGAUCGCUUGUUUUCAAGAUAGCGACAGAUGAAAACUGGAUCUAGGAGUUUUAAUCUUGCCUAAUCACCAAUUAAUCUGUUGGCCUAAAUAUCCUCUUGAGAUUCAGAGGAUCCCUAUCCACCAUCUCCUGUUCCCAAGUAAUACAACAACACAGAAGCCUGCAUUUGAAGCACUGCCUGUUGUUUAAACACGGAGCUCUUCAAAUUUGGCCCUUUUAUGACUUGUGGACUUCAAUUUCCAGAAUUUCUCAGCCAGCGUGCUGGGAGUUGAAGUCCACAAGUCAUAAAAGGGCCCCGUUUGAAGACCCCUGAUGUGGAUGGUAACUGUUCUCAGGUUUUGCAGUUGUAGUUGCUAAGAAUGUGAAGAUUGAUCAGGAAAUGCAGUUUUAAGGCAGUUAAUAAGAACCCUGUACUUGUACAGCCGCAGGCAAAUGAAUUCCCAUGCUAUUUUUUUCCCCCGUGUUCGUUCUUGCAAAUAGAGCAAAAUCAACCCAGUAUCAUUAUCAGCACGUUUGUAGAAAAUUUCCUGAUUGUUACUGAUUUGUCAAAAGGAUUUUGGUCAACAGCAGUAGACAAUAUUUUUGCCUAUUGGAAGACUGUGGAUGGAUAAUGAGAGAUUAAUUGGUCUCCUUAUCUAAUUUAAUACCCUUUUAAAAAUAUAAGACCUAAAAGGGGAUUAAAGAGAAAGAAGACUAAGUUAAUAUUGAAGAUUGGAACCUAUACUUAAGACUGGAAUAAAAAACUGUAUUUUUGAAAUUUAGAUUAGCAAUUCUGGUUAGAACCCAGUUUCUUCUGUUUAAUUUUUCUUGAAAAAUUAAAUAACUACAGUGGUUUUGAAAAAAUCUGGAACUGUCUGACAAAUCAACAUGUAAAUGAAAUAGUCUUGAAACAAAGAUACUUUUUGAUUUAGGAUUAGAUAUGAUUGUGCAAGAGUUAAUGUUGAACCUUUUUUUUUUGCUAAUGUAUUAAUCAGCCAAACUUGGCAACGAUAACAUAAGACAUUUUUUGUAUUAGACCCACGUUGAAGCUAACGAAAAGGAAACAUCCAGUCAUUGGAUACAGCUGAUAAAACUUUAUUCGUAUUAUGCUUUAAAAUGGAGUAAGAUAUUAAAAGCAAUGCAGCUUUUUA